GUGACCCGUCCCCGGUGCCAUCCCACCCGGGAUGCUGCUGGGGAUGCUCUGUCCCUCCGGUGGUCUCCGCAGGCACAGCCCCGCUCUGCUUUCGAAGCCGCGCUCCCUGCCGUGCCCUCCGUCCCCGCCGUCCCCUCCUGCCGUGGGGGAGAGGUGACCCUUGGGUGUCCCCAGCCUGGGAGAGGCGGCGGCUCCGUCCCUCCCGUAGCCUCCAGGGAUGCCCGGAUCCCUCCCAUCCAUCCAUCCAUCCAUCCAUCCAUCCAUCCAUCCAUCCAUCCAUCCAUCCAUCCAUCCAUCCAUCCAUUCCUGCAUCCCUCCCCUCCCUGCUAUCCCGACCUGGCUCCCGCGGCUCCCCGGGCCCAUCUCCCGUGCCACUGCACUGGAGCCCUUCCCUGCUGCUUCCGUGCUGUGUAAUCUGGGCGAGGUCCCUGGGAAUCACCCGAUAACAAGGUAUGGCUUUAGAAGACCAUUCAUGCGUUUUGAGCAAGUUCUGACAAAGAGGUUUGCACUGUUGUUACGAUGACUACAAAACCACUGAUCUGUACAAUGCCUAGAAACAAACAUUGCUGGAUUUGUGUGAACAAGAUAUGCCAACAUUUCCUUGUGCACAGCUCUUACACGCUCUUGCAGGGUACAGAAAUACAUAGAAUUGCACACCCCCUCUUGUCUCUGAAGGAAGCAGCUGACAUAAGGUUCCAAUUACAGGUGGGAUGUGCCUCAGGAUUAGCUGGGCUAGAGCACAGUGUAACACUCCAAAGUGAUGUGGAUGACUAAGGUGUAGACCACUGCCCUCCCCAUAGAACUGAAAUUCUCCCAGUCUGCAGCUGGGCAGGUAAAAGCUGCAGUGACGGCUGCCAUCGAUGCUGGGUACUGCCACUUUGACUGUGCCUACGUGUACCAAAAUGAGAGUGAGAUUGGGGAGGGGAUCCAGCAGAAAAUCAAGGAAGGUGUUGUGAAAAGAGAAGAUCUCUUCAUUGUCAGCAAGCUGUGGUCCACUUUUCAUGAGAAGUCUCUGGUGAAGGGAGCCUGCCAGAAGACUCUUGCUGACCUGAAAUUGGAUUACCUGGAUCUCUACCUCAUGCACUGGCCUCUGGGGUUCAAGGCAGGAGAGGAGCUGUUUCCUGCAGAUGACAAAGGCAUGGCUAUACCCAGCAACACGGAUUUUCUAGAUACAUGGGAGGCCAUGGAGGAGCUGGUGGAUGCUGGCCUGGUAAAAGCCAUUGGAGUCUCCAACUUCAACCAUGAGCAGAUUGAAAGGAUCUUGAACAAGCCAGGACUGAAGCACAAGCCUGCAAACGUCCAGAUCGAGUGCAAUCCAUACCUCACCCAGGAGAAGCUGGUGAACUACUGCCAGUCCAAAGGGAUUGCUGUGACAGCCUACAGCCCCCUGGGCUCUCCUGACAGACCAUGGGCUAAGCCAGAGGAUCCUUCUCUUCUGGAUGACCCCAAGAUCAAGGAAAUUGCAGCCAAGCACAACAAAUCCACAGCCCAGGUUCUCCUUCGCUUCCAGAUCCAGAGAAAUGUGAUUGUGAUUCCCAAAUCCAUCACUCCACAGCGCAUUGUGGAGAACUUCCAGGUGUUUGACUUCAAACUGACCAAAGAGGAGAUGGCAACUAUUUUCAGCUUUAACAGAAACUGGAGAGUCUAUACAAUGAGCAUGGGCAAAACUCACAAGGACUACCCAUUCAAUGCAGAAUACUGAAGAUGCUCAUCAGAGCCUGGUCUGAUAUCCUUCCCAUCAAUUUAUCUGAUUUUUUUAUUGCAUUUCUCCUCCUGCAGCCAGUGAAGUCGCAGCAUAUGUAUUCAGUGAUCAUCUUUGUUUAUUCUUUCUGAAAGAAACAGUAAAGUUGCUCUAAAAGAAUAAAA